AUACAAAGAUGAGACAAGUUCUCAUUUGUUCUGCAAAUCACAAAGUGUAUCAUGGAAGUUCCAAAGUCUUAAAAAAUCUUCUCGUCUGAUAUUGGAACGGUAAACCAUGUGUUUGUUAUGGGCUGCAGCCGACCCAUGUUUUUCAUAAUCAAGCUUAAUUUUCAACACAUGGGUUCGAUUUGUAUGAAUUUCCUGUAAGCCAAACAAGUCACUAGCAAGAAUGAGUACAUAGAAGGCUGUUCCUCCAACAGAAGCACAAGUCUACAAACUUUCAGUCGUCUUUGAGCUUAAUUUGUGCAAGCAUGGCGGCUGCUUGCGCAAAGGGAGCCUCUUGCACUUUCUCUCCCAACCCCCCACAAUGUAAAUACGACGUCUUCUUGAGUUUCAGGGGAGUUGAUACGCGCCACAACUUUACCAGCCAUCUUUUAGCUGCUUUAGAGCGACAUGGUUUUCGUACAUUCAAAGAUAACACAGGGCUCAACAGAGGAGAAUACAUUAGCACCGAACUACUGAAAGCGAUUGAGGAGUCGAGGAUUUCGAUUGUCAUUCUCUCGAAAAAUUAUGCCGGGUCACAGUGGUGCCUUGACGAACUUGUGAAGAUCAUGAAGUGCAAGAAGACCUUGCAACAGAUUGUCAUGCCUAUCUUUUAUGACGUUGACCCAUCUGGCGUGAGGGCGCAGAACGGGAGUAAUCUUGUGGAAGAAUUAGCCAAGCAUGAAGAACAUUUCAAAGCGGGCUCAGAUGGCAAGCUGGACAAGUGGAGGGAAGCUCUUACUGAGGUUGCCAAUUUGUCCGGUUGGAACUUGCCAAUGGUGGCCAAUGGAGAUGAAACAAAGCUGAUUCAGAAAAGCAUUGAAGAGGUCAGAAAGAGGUUAGAUUUUGCACAUCUACAUGUUGCAGACCACCAAGUUGGACUAGAGUCUCAUCUACAAAAGCUCAAUCUGUUGUUGAACAUGGAAUCAGAUGAUGUUCGCAUUGUUGCAGUAUGGGGGAUUGGUGGAAUUGGUAAGACAACAAUAGCUAAAAAGCUGUAUAAUCUCAUCCAACAUAAUUUCGAAGGUAGCAGUUUUAUUGCAAAUGUUGGAGAAACUUCGAAGCAGCCGAAUGGUUUGGUCAUUUUACAAGAGCAACUUCUUUCAGAUAUAAUCAGGAACGGAACUCAUGACGUAAGAAAUUUUCAUCAAGGAAUUGAGGUUAUAAAGCGGAGAGCUUUCUGUCAAAAGGUUCUUCUUGUUCUAGAUGAUGUGGAUGAUGUCCAACAACUGAAGGCAUUAGCCAUCAAUCGAGGUUCCCUAAGUUCUGGAAGUAGGAUUGUCAUAACAACAAGAGAUAUGUCUUCACUAAGUUUGCUUAAAGUGGAUAAGAUAUAUGCACCAGAGGAGUUGACCAAGGACGAAUCGCUUGAACUCUUCAGUUGGCAUGCCUUUAAGAAAGACCAUCCCACAGACAACUAUUUGGGCCUUUCAAAUCAAGUUGUGGGUUAUACUGGAGGGCUUCCGUUAGCGCUUGAAGUUUUGGGUUCCUUUUUGUGUGGCAAGAGCAUACCUGAAUGGAAGAGUGCAAUUGUGAAAUUAGAAAAAAUCCCUCAUGAUGAUAUUCAAAGAAAACUCAAGAUAAGUUUUGAUUCGCUUAGUGAUGAAGUGAAGGAGUUGUUCCUGGAUGUGACAUGUUUCUUUCUUAGAAGGGAUCGAGAUUUUACAAUCACAGUAUUGGAAGGUUGUAACUUCUUCCCAGCAAUUGGGAUUCGGGUUUUAGCCGAUCGUUGUCUCAUAAAAUAUGAGCCCACUAGUAAACAGCUUGUGAUGCAUGAUUUGCUUAGAGACAUGGGCAGAGAGAUCGUUAGGCAAGAAUCUAUUAAGGAGCCAGGGAGGCUUCAUAUUCUGUUUUCUCAUUAUGCGAUCGAUCGAUUUUCUUAUCAGGGAACUGAGGCUGUUGAAGGCCUCGUCUUGAACUUUCCUGAGCUGAAUGGCGUCCAAGUGAACGCAAAGGCAUUUGAAAAAAUGAACAGAAUGAGGCUACUUAAUCUCAAUUACGUUCAUCUAAGCGUAGGUUAUGAGCAUAGCUCCACAAGGCUUGUGUGGCUAUGCUGGAAUGGCUUCCCUUUGAAACAUGUGCCGUCAAACUUACACAUGGAGAAUUUGGUUACUCUUGACUUGUGUUAUAGCAAACUAAAACAAGUAUGGAAGGGAACGAAGGUAUCGGUUAAACUGAAAUUCCUUUAUCUCAGUCAUUGCUAUUACCUACCCAAAACCCCUGACUUCUCUGGACUCAACAAUCUCAAGGAACUGUUGCUUAAUGACUGUAUAAGGUUGGUAGAGGUUGAUGAAUCUAUUAGAUGUCUCCACAAACUUGUUGUCCUAGAUAUGAGGAACUGUAGAAAACUUUGGAAGCUUCCCUUCGGCAUUGGGAUGUUGAAAUCUCUAGAAUAUCUUGAUUUCUCUGGAUGCCGGGAACUAGGAAAAUUAGCUGGACUCAAAGGAUCACCGUCUAAAUCACGGCUCUCUUUCUUGUCAUCUUGGACAUUGAGAACAAAGAAAAUGGAUUCGAUUGGUUUGUCACUGGCAUGUGUACAGGGCUUGAGUUGCUUAAAGCGAUUGAGUAUCGCAGACUGCAAUUUGUCACAUUUACCCGGUGAAAUUGGAAGUUUGAUCUCCUUAGAGACAUUGACUCUUGACGGAAACAAUUUAUGUACCUUACCAGAUAGUGUUUGUAACCUUGUUUACCUGAAGGAAUUGAGCAUGGAUUGCUGCAAUGUUUCACAUCUACCCGCUGAAGUUGAGAGGUUGAUCUCAUUAGAGGUUUUGGAUCUUGGAGGAAAUAGUUUUACCAGCUUACCAGAUAGUUUCCGUAACCUUUCUAACUUAUGGGGUCUUUACUUGGGUAAUUGUACAAGACUCGAAUCAAUUCCAGAGAUUCCAUCAGGUUUACUCCUCGUGGAUGCAAGUCUCUGCACAUCAUUAGAAAGCGUACCUACAGCGCGUUGCAAAGUAUCCAUGUGUUUUUGGGGUGCCAAGAAGUUUGUGAAGAACAAUUUUGCAACUAUUGUCAUAGAAAGAAUCCAACAAUAUAAGAUAUUGUUUUCAAUUCGGCCACCUAUUGGUAUCAUUCUUCCCGGGGUCGAGGUUCCCAAUUGGUUCGAGUACCAGAAUACAGGAGGGUCAUAUCUAUCUUUUGCUGUGCCUCCUCUUGUAACAUGGAAAAUAAUGGGCUUGAUGUUAUGCGUAAUUAUGCGACCCACAGUUAGAGAUGAAUUUUAUUUGUGGAGUUAUCUUGAUUACCAUAUCGGCAAUAAAACAACCACCGAGAAUUUUGAUCAGCGUCCUGCCAACGGAUUUCAUCACGUGCAUGCAUUUUCCGUCCCCCUGGAAUAUUGUCUUGAUGAAGAUGAAGCUGAAGAUAAGAUGUGCUUCCUCUAUAUACCGCUAGCAUGUUGUCCCAUGCUGAUGUUAGAAAGCGGCGAUGAAGUGGAGAUCUCUAUAGAAUCACGGUCUGGGGUGAAUGGUAUGAUUUUGCCGUUCAUGGUGAAGAAGUGUGGGCUUAAGAUCAUUUACGAGGAUGAUGGCAACACUACAGAGAAGGAAAAAACGAACAUUACGGAGACGAAUUAAAUCAUCAGAAGAUUGAUGUCAUGCUCGUCGAAGAAGCAGCAGCAGCAGCAGCAUUAUUUAUAAUUUUAUCAAAAAAAAAAAAAGUCAAAACUUUUGGUGCUAAUUAUUCGAUAUCAAUGAGUUCUUUUAAUUUCUCAAAGAAACGUUGGAAUCUUUCUUGACAAAAAUGUAGUAUUUCAUACAAAACCAGUGUUUUCGAUGUAACUUGGACAAUCCUCUACGCUUAACUAAAAUGCAAUUAACAGGUAA